AUGUCUGAUUCAACUCCGAAACCGAGCAGCAGCGUCAAGCUGGUACUUCUUGGGGAAGCUGCUGUGGGAAAGUCUUCGUUGGUGCUGCGAUUCGUGAAUAAUGACUUUCAAGAGAACAAGGAGCCGACGAUUGGAGCUGCUUUUUUGACCCAGAAAUGCUCUCUGCCCACCCGAACAAUCAAGUUUGAGAUCUGGGAUACCGCCGGCCAGGAGCGCUUCGCUUCGCUCGCCCCUAUGUACUACCGCAACGCCCAGGCGGCGCUCGUUGUCUACGACGUGACCAAACCCUCAUCUUUGACCAAGGCCAAGCACUGGGUGGCGGAACUCCAGCGGCAAGCGAGCCCUGGCAUCGUGAUCGCUCUCGUUGGCAAUAAGCUGGACUUGACGAAUGACGGCAGCGGAGAGACAGAGGUUGACACAGAGCGUGACCCGGGCGCCGAGGGUGACGACGCUGGCGAUAACCAGGAGGAGCAGGAGGAUAACAUUCCAGGGGAUGCUCGCAAGGUUUCGACUCGAGAGGCUAGCACGUAUGCGGAGGAGGAGAGUCUGCUUUUCUACGAGACCAGCGCAAAGACGGGGUUGAAUGUGGUUGACGUCUUUACUGCGAUUGCCAAUGCGAUUCCGGAAAGCAGCUUGAAGAGCGGACGAGGCGCUGGCGCUGGCACCGGCCAGACGACACUUGGGGGCGGCCGGUCGACCGACGACUCGAGAGUGAACCUUGGGGAUCGUGGCGCUGCGACUGCCAAAGAAGGGUGUGCCUGUUAA